UAAUCUAGUGUUUCUUGUUCCAUUCUGUGUUGUCCGGUGAAUCAGCAGUAAUGGCGGAAUCCGUCUCUAAUGUGGAAGUGUGCAAUUUGGCAUAUACUGGACAAUUUGAAGAGUUAAAAAACAAAAUUUUGUCAGAUAAAUCGCUAGCUUGUAAAACAGAUCAAGAUCAUAGAACAGUUCUGCACUGGGCAUGUUCAGCGGGGCACACGGACAUUGUGGAGUUUCUGUUAGCUUUUGGAGUGGAUGUGGAUCUGAGUGAUGAUGCAGGUUGGACUCCACUUCAUAUUGCAGCCUCAGCAGGAAGGGAAGAGAUUGUGAAGGCUCUGAUCUCCAGGGGGGCACAGUUGAAUGUUGCCAAUGAGAAUGGCUGCAGACCUUUGCAUUAUGCAGCUUCCAAAGACAGAUAUGAGAUUGCCCAGAUGUUGUUAGAGAAAGGCGCAGACCCAAAUGCUACAAACAAGUUGGAAUGCACCCCGUUGCACAGAGCUUCAGCAAAGGGAAACCGUCGACUAAUUCAGCUCCUCCUGAAGCACAGUGCCUCCACCAACAUCCAGGAUUCGGAGGGAAACACAGCACUUCACCUGGCUUGUGAUGAAGAACGGACAGAAGCAGCCAAGCUACUGGUGGAGCAUGGAGCUAGUAUUUAUAUAGAGAAUAAAGAGGAGAAGACACCUCUACAGAUUGCUAAAGGAGGACUUGGGGCAGUGUUGAGGAGAAUUGUGGAGGGCUGAUGCUGUUUCUUAGUACAUGUAAACUGCUUCUCGAAGGAAUAUGUUGUGUUAACGCACUUCAUAGUUUAAAGAUGUGCUCUCAGCUUCUAGGAAGCAUGUGUUAAAAAAAACAUUACGUUUGUGUAGAUGUGUUUUCAUAUUUGCCAUCUUUAUUGUGUAGCAGUUAAUGUUUGGAAACAACUUGCAAUUCAGUUAUCAACUAUGAAGAUUAUACUAGCAAGAUUUUGUGUUUUAAAAAAUGUAUUUGUAUUUACUUAAACUAAAUACAUUCCUUCUAAUAAGACUUGCCGCACUUCCAUUUUCUUCAUCAGUUGUUCCCAGUCUAUUCUGAUACUUUUAUAGACCAUAAAAAGCAUUUAAUAAAGGAAAUUGUUCUAUGCC